CUGCGAAACAAGCCAUCCAUUUUCGUAUUGAGAGAUAUUUUACCUUCUUCUCUAUGCAGAAACCCCCUAUUUUCAGUCGCAUACAUAAGUGAGAAAUUAAGAGAUAUGGCUUAUGCUGCUAUUACUUGUCUUAUGAGAACCAUACAUCAAUCAAUGGAACUUGCUGGAUGUGAUUUUCAACCGUUCUAUGAAAAGCUCGAAUGUUUGAGAGCUAUUCUGGAGAAACCAUGUAAAACAACAGACGAUCUCGAGGCAUCAACAAUUUUGGAAGCUGAAAUCACUGAUAUAGCAUACACAACAGAAGAUAUGGUUGACUCAGAAUCAAGAAAUGUUCUUUUAGCACAAAAUGUGGAGGAAAGAAGCAGAUCUAUGUGGGAGCUCUUUUUCCUCUUGGAACAAGCACUAGAAUGCAUGAAACAGCAUAUCGCAGCAUGGGACACCAUGGAAGAUCUAAAACCACAAACUUACGCUCUUUCCAGUGUACCAGAACAAGCUGUAGAGCGGCCUGAGAAUAUAAUGGUUGGACAUGAAACUGAAUUCGAGAUGAUGCUGGAUGUACUUGCUAGAGGAGAAAGUGAACUAGAAGUUGUCUCAGUUGUAGGGAUGGGGGGCAUCGGGAAGACAACUUUGGCUACAAAACUCUACAACUAUCCAUGUAUUAUAUCUCGAUUUGAUAUUCGUGGAGAAGUUACUGUUUCACAAGAGUUUUGUGCGAGAAGCGUACUCUUGUUCCUUCUUUCUUCAAUUAGUGGAAAGACUGAUGAAUCUCAUGAGCACCAAGAGGAUUGGAAACUAGCUGACCAACUGCAGAAGCUUCUAAAAGGCAAGAGAUAUUUUGUAGUCAUUGAUGACAUAUGGACUACAGGAGCUUGGGAUAAUAUGAGACGAUGUUUCCCAGACUGUAAUAAUGGAAGCCGAAUACUCUUGACUACUCGGAAUGUGGAAGUGGCUGAAUAUGCUAGCUCAGGUAAGCCUCCUUAUCCGAUGCGCCUCAUGAAUUUUGAAGAAAGUUGGAGUUUAUCGUACGAAAAGGUCUUCGCAAACGAUUCUUUUCCACCUGAAUUUGAAUGGCUUGGGAAACAAAUUGCAUUAAAAUGCGGAGGAUUGCCUCUAGCAAUUGUUCUGAUUGCAGGACUUCUCUCUAAUAGUGAUAAAACAUCGAAUAUGUGGAGAAGUGUGGCCGAGAAUGUAAGUUCAGUGGUAAGCGCUGAAGUCCAAUGCAUGAAAGUGUUGGCUUUGAGUUACCAUCACUUACCUUCUCACCUGAAACCGUGCUUUCUAUAUUUUACAAUUUUCCCGGAGGAUAAACUGAUUUCUGUCGAUAGACUUGUGGAAUUAUGGGUUGUAGAGGGAUUUUUGAAGGUAGAAGAGAUGAAAAGCAUAGAAGAGGUGGCAGAAAAGUAUCUGAAAGAUCUAAUAGACAGAAGUUUAAUUUCGAUUGGUCAUUCGAGAUUUGAUGGAAAAAUAGAAAGUUGUGGCAUACAUGAUGUGAUCCGUGAACUUUGCUUGAUGAAAGCUCAAACCAUGAAUAUUGUGAAUUAUCUCGGAGAAAAGGGUUUUCUAAAUCCACGUGCGCAGUCCAUGCAGUAUUCCUCUAAGAGUCGAGGUCGGAUCAGUAUCCAAGGUGAGGAAGAAUUGGCUGUGUACCAUAACAGCGACACUCAUUCUAUUAUCAUGUUUGGUAGAUUCCAUCAGUUCAAGCCAGAGUUUUCUUUCAAGCAAGUAAGAGUACUAGAUCUUUCUUCAGUUCACCGUCCAUUUUUUCCCAGUGGAAUACUUCAUUUACUUCACUUGAGAUACCUAGCUUUGUGCCUUCGUCCUGCUGUGAAGUACUAUUUUCCCUCAUCACUAAUAGACAUGAUUCCUCCGUCGAUAUCAAGCCUAUGUUAUCUGCAAACUUUCAUGGUUUACCGAUCAUCUCUUGAGAGUCGUCUUGUCACAGAGGAAUAUCCUUUGAUAUUGCCAUCAGAAAUUUUGAUGAUGCCGCAGUUGAGGCACCUCCGUUUGGACUGGAAUUAUUUGUGGGAUUAUAAGCCUACAGAGAAAAGUUUGGUUCUAAAAAAUUUGCAACGUCUCUAUGGAUUGAAUCCUUUGCAUUGUACUGCAUCUCUCUUUAGACUGCUUCCCAAUCUAAAGAAGUUGAACGUACUUGGUGUCCGAGAAGACUUCCGUAGUCUCAAGGACCGGUAUGAUAUUUGCUACUUAUAUCAUCUCGAGGAAUUGGAAUUCAAUCUUACUAUUCUAGAUACAUCAGAAUUGGUACGGUCUGUAGAAAUCGACCCUUCAGAUUCUAUGAUUUUUCAGAAUCGACGGCCAUUUUCUUUUGUACGUGUUGUUCCACUUUUGGUCCUACCUUCUCCCGAUGCUUUUCCAAACCUUAAGAUUUUAUCUUAUAGCGGACAUUUCUUCUUUUCAUGGAAUGAUUUGAGCAUUGUUGGAAAAUUGCCCAAACUCGAGUCCCUUAAACUAUUAAAUAUUACCUUCGGAGACAAUGAGUGGGAAGUAGCCGAGGAAGGAUUUCCGCAGUUGAAGUUCCUGCAACUGAUCAAUAUUGAAAUUUGGUACUGGAUAGCCAGUUGUGAUCACUUUCCCCGCCUUGAACGACUAUUUCUUGAUAAUUGCCACGGAUUAGAUUCAAUCACUCAAGAUUUUGCAGACAUUACCACACUUGUUCUUAUUGAUAUAACCAGGUGUACAGAAUCUGUUGGGAAUUCCGCUAAGCAGAUUCAACAGGACAUUCAAGAACACUAUGGAGGUUCCGUUGAGGUCCAUAUUCGUCAUCCUUUGAGAAAAUAUGCAUCAGAGUUACUAUCUGAACUAGGAUUGACAGCAGCCAAGCCUGCAGCUACUCCUAUGGACUACAAUACUAAGCUGAUAUCUAGACAGUUUGAUGAGCAUGUCAAGCAAAAUCAGACUGCUGAUGAUCCACCAGCAAAUCAAGCAGCUUAUCAAAAGUUGAUUGGCAAGCUAUUGUACUUAACUAUGACAAGACCAGAUAUAGCCUUUUGUGUUCAAACUCUAAGCCAAUUCCUCCAAGAUCCUAAGAAGUCCCACAUGGAAGCUGCACUCAGAGUGGUGAAGUAUGUUAAAGGUCAACCAGGUCAGGGUGUGUUACUGUCUAGUGACUCAGAUAAUAGAGUAAGUGCCUAUUGUGAUGCAGAUUGGGCAUCCUGCCCUCAAACUAGGAGGUCUGUGACUGGUUACUUUGUGAAGAUUGGGAAAUCAGUAGUGUCCUGGAAAUCAAACAAACAAACAAUUGAAUCCAAGAGCUCAGCUGAGCCAGAGUUCAGAAGCCUUGCAGCAGUAACAGAUGAAAUGGUAUGGAUACUAGGCUUGAUGAAGGAGAUUGGGAGUGAAGUAUUGCUACCUGUGGAUGCAUAUACAUCGAUCCCUGCGCUCAUGGGUGAUGACCUGCUUGCUGGCUAUGUCUCAUCAAGUAUUAAGCCACUGAAGCAGGACAGGGAAUAUCUAGCGAAAAGGGUGAGAUUGAAGCUAAUUACAGACAAAAAGGAAAUGUUUUACGUGAAAUGGGACAUUUCACCAGAAAGUAAACAGAGAAGACUGCUACACAUAGCUGAGUUGCCUAACCUUGAGGUGCUAAAGCUGAUGUUUAAUGCUUGUGAUGGCGAAGAAUGGUGUCCAACGGUUAUGGGAUUUAAUCGAUUGAAGCUUUUGCUAAUUGAAGGUAAUCAUCUCAAGUACUGGAAAGCCACAAAUGACAAUUUUCCUGUCCUUGAGCGCCUCCUGCUUAGCUAUUGCCAUCAUUUGAAAGAGAUACCUAUUGAGUUUGCAGAUAUUCACUCGCUACAACUGAUUGAGGUAGACUUUUGUCUUCCCGAACUUGGAGAAUCUGCUAUACGAAUUCAACAAGAACAGGAAGACCUCGGAAACAACCCCGUGGAUGUUCGUAUCAUUGAUCCAUUGUCACUCGUCCAAUCGCAUCAUAACGAUGAUGAUGAUGAUAAUGAAGAUUCAGAUGCUGAUGCUGCAGAAGAUGACGAUAAUAAAGAUUCAGAUGCUGAUGCUGCGGAAGAUGAUGAUAAUUAGGAUCGUCGGUCGUUAUCUGUUCAGAAUAACCUGUAA